CGCGAGGCGGGCUGGCCGGCAGAGCCCGGGCGGCGGCGGCGGCGGCGGCGGCGGUUGUCUUGCGCCAGCGGCACCUGAGCGAGCGGCGGGCCGCGCCUGGCCAUGAGGCACGAGGCGCCGGUGCAGAUGGCAUCUGCUCAAGAUUCCAGAUAUGGCCAGAAAGAUACAUCUGACCAGAACUUUGAUUACAUGUUCAAACUGCUCAUCAUUGGCAACAGCAGUGUUGGAAAAACAUCCUUUUUGUUCCGUUAUGCUGAUGAUUCCUUUACAUCUGCAUUUGUCAGCACGGUUGGGAUCGAUUUCAAAGUAAAAACAGUUUUCAAAAAUGAAAAAAGAAUUAAGCUACAGAUUUGGGACACAGCAGGUCAGGAGAGAUAUAGAACAAUUACCACGGCCUAUUACCGGGGUGCAAUGGGCUUCAUUUUAAUGUAUGACAUCACGAAUGAAGAAUCCUUCAAUGCUGUGCAGGACUGGUCAACUCAAAUCAAAACAUACUCUUGGGAUAAUGCCCAGGUUAUUUUGGUCGGUAACAAAUGUGACAUGGAGGAUGAGCGGGUAAUCUUCACUGAGAGAGGCAAACAUUUAGCAGAGCAACUCGGUUUUGAAUUUUUUGAAACAAGUGCCAAGGACAACAUUAACGUCAAGCAGACAUUUGAGCGACUCGUUGAUAUCAUCUGUGACAAAAUGUCGGAAAGUUUGGAGACAGAUCCCACCAUUACUGCCGGCAAGCAGAACACACGGCUAAAGGACACCCCCCCUCCUCAGCAACCCAACUGUGGCUGUUAAUGCAGCCAUCAGCAAAGGCAGCUCCAGUCUGCUCUAUUGCCAACAGAGUAUUUAUGAAUGGUCUAUAUGCCUUUAUUUAUACUGUCUUAUUAAUUUAUUUGGGAGAAAAGUCUUUUAUUUUACAUCAGCAGCUGGUCAAGUAUGUAUAUAGAGAUGUUAUCAUUAGUUUGUGACAAUGAUCCUUUUUUAGCAUCUGGCUUUUGCAUGCAGGAUGGCUCUUAGUUUCUCUUUUCUUUUUAUUGUUUUACAUUACACUUACUUCAGCUGGUGCCAUGUCCUCAGACCACAUUUGCCUAGAAUUGAUUCUUGCUUCAUCAGUUUCAAAUUAUAUGCUUGAAUCCUUAGGGUAGUGGCCAAGAUAUUUCAGAAUAAGCUUCCUGAAGCCACUUAUAUUUUUUCCUGACUGAAAAUCAAUUUAGAAAUAUUACUCUAGUGAGCUAAUCGCUCAUUCUGUCCAGAUCAUUUGUACAAGGGACACUUCCUGGAGCAUAAUGCCUUGGCAAUUCUGGGCUCACUUAUGUUACACACCGUGACUGCUUGGAAACUGCCAGAGUUAGGAAGGACAAACCUCCAGCCUUCCUGGGCCCAAACCCCCCAGAUUUACAGCAAGGAACACUUGUGUGGGUUUCCAGCUAAGUAUGGGUGUUCACUCCAGAUCCUCAGAGAUCUUAGGUACUUCAUCCUGUUUAGAUAGCAACUAUAUUUACAUUUCCUUGGGAACCCCAUGCCUAGUAUCUUUCUGAAACUGGACUUCGUUUAUCCAUCACUAGAGAGAACCUGCCAAGACCUGCCCCGGUGGAGGGCUGACUAGCUCUUUUCAGUUCUACCUGCAUUAGAUAAUAAAGUUCUGCUAUUACCCCUGACAAAGCCAAAUCCAUUAUGCUCAGUUAUUCAUAGCCAAAAACUGUCUUGUCAUGUUGCUGUCAAACCUGUGUAUUUAAGCUUUCAGGAAUUUCAUCUUCCAUUCAGUCCCUGAGAGCUAUCACUACACUGACUACAAAGGCCCCAUGUUUCACCUCAUACCCAUCAUAGAGAUGCUGCUGAUGUCAGUGAGUUGGAAUUUGAUCUCAUUUUUACUUUGCUGAGGAUAUCUUUUUUUGACAAGACAAUCAGAAAUUCACAAGAUUUUUAAAAGUUUUAGGAGUAAUAAAUAAUUGUCAACAUUUCUGGAGUUAGACUGAAUAAAACCAUAAAAUCAGCAAAAGGUUGUGAAGACAGCAGAAUAAAGUCCACCACUUCUUUCUCUAGUAAAAUGUUAAAAAUAGUCAUAUGUCACAAUGCUAAAAAGUACUCACUCUAGUAAUUAGCAGCAGUUUCUUACAUCUGUGCCCUGUGGUAUACUGCAUUAUUUGGGUCACAGUGACAUUUUUUAACUAAAUGUCAUAACUGAGAAAGCAUUAACUGUGUUAUUGGUCCUGUUAGACCGGCUUUAGGACUAAGUUGACGUUUCUCAAACUGUCUGCAACAGGAAAAAAAAAGGAAGACAGGUUGAAUAGAUUGAAUAGGUUGAAUAAGUUGGCUUUUGCAGCUGUGUGUUUCACAGCAGUCCUGAGUGUUUUGCUAUAAAUUUUGGUCAGAUUUAGACAAGAAGAAUCACCAUCUCAGUACCCCUCCUUUCAGUUCUCAGCUGGAACCUGGCUAUUGUAGAGAAACCCCAAAACCACAGUCUUUUUGGAAGUAGUUUACUGUCGCUUCCCCAAACAUUCUGAAACUGUAGUGUGAGUUCUGGGGGAACUAGCAGGAUGGGGAUUUUCAAUUCUACUUCAAAUUAUGUCUUGGUCUGUUUGAUAGGGGAGGAUUUCCAAAAGCAGUCUGUGUCAGUCUAAUUCUGUUCCUACCAACUUCUGUGGUAGAACAGCAAUUUUCUUAAAUGAAAACAGGGUUACCCAAUACUGAACACUUUCAGAAAUCUCAUCCCUUACCAAGAUGAAGAUUUAAACACGCAGUCACACAUAUCUAAUAGCCACUGAUUAUAAGCUAGUCGUUGGAGAAGGCAGAAGCAGGAUUUGGUAAGAUCUCUAAUCUAACCACAGCUGUAGCACAGUUCUGUCAAGAGCAAGUUCCAGGCUAGCAAAAGACGUAUUUUAGCAAUACAAGAGGGCUGGAUCAUUAAAUUGACUACCUGGGAUAAUAUAUCCAAAACUGUUUUCAGCCUCAUCACAAUUCCCUGUGGAAAAGCGCUCACAUGAUAAAACCCAGUACACUUUGCACUAAUUUGUUGUCACUCUCACCACAGAAAUAGGACUGAACAUCAUGGGAGCCAGCCACAGGUCACCACUUCAGCUGAGGUUUGGUCAGAUACAGCAGGUGAGACAUAGAGCACGUCAAAUUUCUGAGAGACUAGACGCCUCUUGGCAGAGGGUCCUGAGCUCCAUAGUGCCAGCUGAACUAAUACCGCACAACCCAUUUUCUGAGUUACGAUCUAGACUAAUAAAUACUAUUAUAGUGGCAGGCUAAUCCGGUGCAUGGCUAGUACACCAGCCUUGUCAUGCUCUGACAGUGCCUUGCUUGCUGCAUGAUCCAACCAGCGCAGAGAAGAUGCCCAGGGAGCCCCGGGGAGCGCGGCCGUGCCGGCGCCGGCGGUGCUGCCUGGCCUGCCACCAGCAGCCAGCAAGCCCUGCAGAGCUGAACCUGCACAUGCAUGUUGGCAAUUCGGAUCGGAGUUGAUGGACACAGAUGUCCUGGUCCUUAACAGCGCAAUUAACAUGUUACUCUAUCAGUUCUUUACUGUUGGUUUGAUUUAUUUAAACCUAUUUGUUUGGUGUUUGAAAUACAUACAAGCUAGCCUGAUUUUCUGACAAAAAAUACUCUCUCUCUGAACUGCUGUGUACGUGACUGUUACCUGGGACUGUUUGUUCCUUUGUGCUUAUCCUUAAUGUAUGCAUAGAGAAACUACCUGAGCAGCUACAUAUAUGUGGCCUUUCCAGAGCAUCAGUCUGAAAAAUUAGGUUUUCUUCCCAGUCUGCUCAGCUCUGUAUAUCCAGCUGUACUGCCUGCACCUUCUUUAUUUUAGGAAUGAAGUGCUAUUUUCUGGUGCACAAAGCCUGCUGGAGUUUGAUCCUAACUUUGAGAAUGCUUUGAGUUCAAUUGUUUUUUUAGGAAAAAAAUGAUUGUACGAAUUCUAUAUCUGAUGAUGACAGCUUUGCUUCUUCAACAGCAGACAAAUGAUGCUGUACUUGUAUAUCAAAACAGACCCAAAAAACUUCAAAAACCAAUCUGCCCCCAAACUACUCUUUACUGCAUUCAUUUCUGAGAGACAAGUUUUGUGACUGGCAUUUUUUAAGGGCAUCAACUAAAUAGCUGUUCUGCUGUCAGGACAGUUCCUCCUUGGCCAGUUUCAUAGGCAGACAUACUGCACACAAGCCAAGUUCUUCUUCAGCAUGACUCCUUCAGAUUUUGCGGCAUAAAACCAUGGGGACGUAAAUCCUCAUAGGCAUACCUUCAGGGGGUGUAAAGCAACAUACCUUCACUUAUGCCAACAGAGGGCAUGAAUUUUGUUGAUUUACAGCAUUUAAUCUGUGCACGUAGUCUCUUCAGUACGGUUUGACUCCAAAUUCUCUAAGGUUCUUCAUCUGUAAGGUCUCGAUUCAAGAGGCAACUUGGUUUCAAAAUUUGAAUGUUUUUUGUCAGUUUUCUUUAUUAAAUGAGUGGGGAAAAUGCACUUCAUCCUUGUUAUUUAAGCUUUUUUCUUUUUUUUCCUCUUUUUUAACUUUGUUUAUACAUGGAUGCUCAUUUAAGCCAAAAUUGCAACUACACAUGUAUAGUAUGCAUAUACAGCAGUAGGUCUCUGACACUCAUUCAGUUCCCACUGCUACUUGUUCACGCUCAGUGCAGCCUUCCCUAAAUACCAGAGUGGAAUUUAAUCAGAAAUUCUCAUUAGCACUAGAAAUCAGCUGCAUUAAAUUUGCAGGCUGUAGGAUUAUUAUCAUCCAUAGUUCCAGCAGGCGUAAAUGGCACAUCAUUUAUAGUGUAAGGUAACUGGUAUUCGAUUUUGGGGGGGAAGCAUAAAUCCUAACCUUCCCAUAAAUUCAGGAUCAUGUGUAACAUGCAGAAAUAAAAGCCAGGGAUUGUUUGACUACUUUUAGUGAUAAAUUUCCUUGAGUAAUCCUGACAUGUACCUGCAACUGGUGUUAAAUGAAAUCUGUUUGUGUUGUAAUUCUCAUUUAAUAUUUUGUCAAUAAUGUCAGCUAUGUCGUGGUUCAGUUGGACUGUCAGAAUGUGUAACUUAUAUACUAGUGUUUGUGGAACUGAAAUGUCUUAAAUGUUGCAUGAAAAUAUGUUAUAAAAAUAGAUUUGUUUUCUAUUUUUUGAAUACCUCAAAACUGAGGGAUCAUGGGCCAAUAAGUGCAAUAUUUAAUGACUUACUCAGUGUAUAUAAACUUGUGUGAAAGGGAGAAGUGUCAUGUAUGUGUGAUAAGCUGUUGAUGAUGCCUGUGUGGCUUAAAAGUUUUCUAGUAGCUGUGUGUGUCUUGUAGUAAAAUUUAUGUAGUAAAUGCUUUACCAGUGUAGUGUAAGAAUACUCUAUUCUUAAGUCAUUUAAACUAUUUUUCAUAUGUAAGAUAAUGAUAAAAGAUAUCUGUAUGUUUACUGCAAGUGCAUGUCAAUUUUACUUUUAGAAUCGUGAGUGUCCUUUUCGAAAAUGAUAAUGUUAUAUUGACAGUAGUGGGGCAAUGCUUUCAGCCAGAAGAUACUUGUAGCCAUUUCUAUCCUAUCUGCUUAGAUUUUUAAAGCAUGUUCUCCAGGAGCAUUAAAGGAACCCUCCUGGCACUCAGCACUUACAGAGAGUUAUUUACUCCUAAAAGAACCAGUUAUAUGCUCUGUCUGCCUCUAAUGCACAAUAUCAUGUGAACAUGUUUUCCUUCGUGUGAUACAGUUAAGAUAUAAUACUUACCUGAAAUAUUGAAUAUGAGUAUCCAGGACUCUUGCAGAUGACUUGGCGAGCUUCAGUGGAUGCCUUGAGUCCACAUUUUUGGGAACAGUUUGCAGGUCACAGUCAAAACGGUCCAGCACAGUGGAUGGUGACCUUAAUCAAUCUCUGUCCAUUAAGUUUCUUAACUCUCUUUAGAACCUAAAGGCAGAAGAUAUAUUCCUAAAAAUGCUGACCCAGACUCUUCACUCACCUGUUACCCCGCUCUCAGUGUCAAGUAACCCACUGUUAGCAGUAAAGUUGCAGUACAGAUGGGAACAAAAUGCAGCCCAGAAUCCAACCAUGAAAUGAAAAGGAGACAUCCAAGCAUUUCUUUUUCCUUUCUUUUUAGCCUUGCAUAUUUCUAAUAAUUCUUUAAGCAUGUGAGUAAGCCUGUCUCUAUUCAGCAAAACCCUUAAGUACAUUUGUGACUUUAAACCCUGAAUCUCUGGACUGCCAGUGGUUCCCAGCUGUGCCGAGGGACUCCGCAGAGAGGAAGCUAAUUCUGUUAAUUCUUGCUGCAUCUCUGGUUUCACAGGAACAAGCCAUGUGCUCUGGGAAUUUUCUAAAUGGAGACAGGCCACUGAAUCUGGGCCAAAGGGAGUAACAGUUUUUGCUGAACAAUUUUCAUAACAAAUUGUUUUCAUUAGUACCAUGCUAAAAGGUGCAUAAGUAGAUUUUUGAGUUUGAUCUGAUACAUUUUUGUGACAAUAUGUACAAAGUUGACUUAGUUUUUAAGGUUUUUUUUAAUUAACCUGAUCAGGAAAAGAACCAAACUCUAAGGCCUGCUGGAAAACAAUAGCAUAGUUUCCUUUACUAUAUCAUCAAAUAAUUUCUCUGAGCAAGCAAAAUAGCCAGGUUGCAUUAAGGAGCACACAACAGUACUUGCUAUGGCCUGAGCAGCUCUUAAAAAUGCUUCCUUGUUUCUAUACCAUAAUGCCAUGAAACCAUCUGCAAAAUUUAAUAGAUCAGAGUGAAAUGAAAAUGUGUUUUGAGAGAGAUUCAGGAUUACUUAAUGAAAAAAAGAAAAUUUUGGAUGUCUUUGCAGCUGAGCAGCAGACAAAGUAACAGUCAUAAUAUGAGGUACAACUUAAAUAUAGAUAUACAGGCUGCCACAGGACUGAGGAUGCAUUACCUAGAUUUUUUUUACUGCUAAGUGACCUGACUGUUCAAGGGCUGGCAGAUAAUUUUACCUGGUAUUUUUAUUAUUGCUCAUAGACAUGUGAUUACAUAAACAAAAACAAAUGCUAUCUUCAAAAUAUGUAGCUGUUUUGGCUCCCUCAAGCUAACUUACUUGCUGAAUAUUUCUUGAAGAAAAGUUGAAGUACUUGCUUAGAAUACAUUUGUGAGGGGGUGAGCCUCAAUCCAUCCCUCCUUCCCCAGCUAUUACUGCAAUAUAGUGACUGUGGUUCUAAAAAAUAUGUUAGUUUAAAAUGCUGCUGGGUGACAAAUGUUGUGAAUCUUCUGCAUACAUCCAUGGGAGCUCUUGUCUGAACGUGAAGUACAAGUUUUAUCCACGUGCAGAGUUUUAAUUAUAUGUGGAAGUAGAGACUGUGUAUUCCAUUGGAUAUUCUGUUUGUAUGUGAAUUCUGUAUACCAAGUGGAUUUUAUUUGUUUAUUUUUUGUUGGAGGGUUUUUUUUCCUUUUGCGAUUACAAUAAAUAUUCAAGAGACUAUA